UGUGUGACGUGUCCGCGGAGGGAUCCCAGCGCGUCAGAACCAUGGUCAGAGCGCAGCCAGCUUGUGUCCAGCCAGCAGCCUUAUCCGAGCAGCAGAUCGCGAGCCGCGCUCACCGAACCGAACUCAUGUUCCGUCGUCAGCUCUUCUGAAGCCAAUGUUAACUUUGGGCUAGAAGUUUCCGCUCGACUCCAGCACAUCCGGAGCUUGUUUACCUCUCGGUGUUGUGCGGUGGGAUUAGCAAAGAUGUCGUCUCCAAGUCCGGGCAAAAGGCGAAUGGACACCGACGUGGUGAAACUCAUCGAGAGCAAGCAUGAAGUCACCAUCCUCAGUGGGCUCAAUGAGUUUGUAGUGAAGUUCUUCGGACCACAAGGAACACCGUACGAGGGCGGCGUAUGGAAGGUGCGAGUGGAUCUUCCUGACAAAUACCCCUUCAAGUCCCCGUCUAUAGGAUUCAUGAAUAAGAUUUUUCAUCCCAAUAUCGAUGAAGCAUCAGGAACAGUGUGUUUAGAUGUCAUCAACCAAACGUGGACAGCUCUGUACGAUCUGACCAACAUCUUUGAGUCAUUCCUGCCGCAGCUGCUGGCUUAUCCCAACCCCAUCGACCCUCUGAACGGAGACGCCGCCGCCAUGUACCUCCACCGACCCGAAGAGUACAAGCAGAAAAUCAAAGAGUACAUCCAGAAAUAUGCAACAGAGGAGGCUCUGAAGGAGCAGGAGGAGGGCGCCGGCGACUCGUCGUCCGAGAGCUCCAUGUCGGACUUCUCCGAGGACGAGGCCCAGGACAUGGAGUUGUAGUAGUCGGAGGACGAGUCCUUCCCCACAGAGACUAUAUAUAAUUUCCUAAUACCGAGAAAGCAGACUUAUAUUAUUCAUAUUUAAACAUUUGUUUUUAUUGUUAUUAUUAUUAUUAUUAUUACUAAACAAGACUUUUUAUGGACCGCUAGCCUUGUGUGACGCCCAUCCCGCCCUCUUGUUUUCCUCUUCUUUAGUUUUGAGGUGUGUCGUGUGGUGGACUCUGGUCACACGUCCCGGGUGCCAAAACCAGCUCUCGUGCUCCUCUGGUCGUCGCUCAGCUGCUGCUGCGCGGCGACCGCCGGCGACGCAACACUGGAGCUGAAAUUCACACGGCAAUAACGUCUGGUGCAGAUCAGAGACGGAAGUGCAGUCACGGAUAAAGUCGGUGCCAAAGUUGGGGCGAAUUUAAAAACGCUGGUGAUGUAGCAGAGCGGAUCAAAGAUGGCGUGACUGUCAGCAGUGCAGCUCCUCCUCUUCUCUGAGCUGAAGUCAGACCGGUUUUUCCUUUUCAGUUCGUACGAGCUGGUUUUUUCUUUUGCUCACGACUUCGGUCUUUUCCACAGUUUUUAUUUUUUGCGACAGUUUGAUUGACAGGCAGACGUUCUCCGCCCUCUGAACCCUCCAGAGGGUGACACCGAUUUCACGUGUGUAGUUCUCACUUGGCUGGGUGUGAAGAGGUCUCGACCUUUGACCUUGGUUGCAGAAGAGCCUUCUCACUUUCUUGUGUUUUAUUUUGCGACAGACGUUUGUGGAAUUCACGCGGGUGCGUCACGGCUGGUGUUCCUGAAACCGUCAGGAUUUUUUUUUUCUUUUUAAGUUUUUACAACACUCUAGAGUCGGGUGUAGUGUUUCUGACUGAAUAACCAAAAUAAAAAAAAUGUUGCAAUAGGACUGGAGACGUGCGACACUGCGCCCUCUGCUGGCCCACAGCGGCGGUUUUCCUCCCAGAACUUUGUACCUGCUGUAAACGUCCCCACGCUGGAACCCUUUCUGUUGUGUUGGAGUCCCAACCCUCCGCCUCACGUUCUCCACAUCGCCCUCCCUUUUUUUUUUUCUUUGGUUUUCUCCACGAUGGAACCGGAGCCGGUCGCAGACGGAGGCUGACAAAGUCCCGUGUAGUUGUGUACAAUGUAAACUGCAACAUCUUGUUUUUUAAUAAAGCAUCUAAUGUGUACGA